ACCACAGUUAAUUCUAGUGGCCUCCUGGUCUUCGAGGUUUGAUCCUUCGAAGCAAAAACCCUUGCAGUGCAAGUGAGAGUUCGCGUCAGAAAAGAAUGGAGGAACUCCGCACGCUACAGAGGGUGCAGAGUAUGCUUUUCGCCAUUGAAGCCGCGGGCCUUUCCACCAAUGAUCGAGAUUCUGAUCGAUUCAUCGCUAAUUUCGUUCUAUUCAUGGGACAACAACGUGGGGCACUGGAUAUGCAGAAGAGACGUGAUCUCAUUUAUGGACAUCUUAAUAAGGUUUCAGCGUCGACCCUUGAUGUGCUACUACAAACGGUAAUUAAUGAUGGAUUAAAUGCGGUUCAGAAUGCAGGGAGUCACUCAGAAUGUCUAUCCCAGCAUGAUUUUGAAGGCGUUUCCUAUGUUCAGAUAAUACAAACUGAAUUUGAAGAUGAAGCUGUUAUUAAAAUUGGUGCAAUGCAAAGAGCCAAUUCCACGAUUGAGGAUUUUUGCUGUUCUUAUUUUAUGUUUCAUGGAAUGGAUGCAACCAUAUCACAGUCAAUUUUUAUGUUUCUCCCUGUUUUAUAUUUUGCAGAGAGCUAUAUAUAUCAGCUAGAUACAUUGAACGAGAACGAGCUACUUCGAUCAGCAGAUGAUACUUCAGAGAAUUCUUGCCAUAAAUGGUCAUCUCGUAAUCCCUUUGAACCACUUGUUCAUCUUCUUCAACAGCAGGGACUAAUGACAGAGAGAAUACAGAACGAACUCAACCUUGGUGUUGAAUAUUGGAAACUAGAAAGGAAACUUUGUGAUGGAUUAACAAAGAAGAAUACAACGAUUGGAAUUGAAGAUGUAAUGAGAGCAAUUCAUCUGAAGUCAUUUGAUUAUAGAGUUUUGAAUCUUUUGUUAUAUCAGCUAAGAGGUCAACCGGUCAAUGAAUUGCACAUGGAGUUCCUUUCAGUUUCAGAAUUCCUAGUUGAGGUUUCAGAUGACUUGUAUGACUAUGAGGAAGAUGUAAUUGACAACACUUUCAACAUCUUACGAAUGUUCGUUGGAAUAUAUGGACCUUCGAAGGCCCCGGUUAUGCUGGCAAAAUGCAUUACUGAGGCUGAAGAGAACUAUGAUCGUUUGUCAAGGGCCCUUGAUCCAGAACUCUGCUUAAACUAUUGGAGAAGAUGUGAAGAAGCCACCAGACAAGGAUGUUCAAAUUUGAAGCAUGGUGUUGGAAAAUGGACCAUUCCUUCAAUUAUUGUGGACGAGGAAUCAUUCAGAUUGCAGGCCUUUGCUGAAAAUAAUGGCAGAUGUGCCUCUUUUGUUUUUUAAUGUCAAAAGACUCGAGAGUGGCAAUGCUGCCAAAAUGGAUGCCAAACUGCUGAAUGCAUGAAAUAAGGUAAGGUCUGAAAGCGUUUUGUACUAUUUAUUGAUAUUCUCAAGGUAGGUCUGAAAGACUUUUAAAGAUUAUUGACUUGAUAUAGUUGAAACUGCUCGGCAAAAAAGAGUUUAUUAAUAAUAUUUUGUUUGCAAAGUUCCUUUACAUACAUGCCCCCCAAUUCCUUUGUAUUUACACAUCUACCACCAAAACUGUAAUUUUUGCUUACAUGC